CCCACCUCCGCCCGUGGAACUACCAACGAGUAUGAACAGAGAAUCUACUCGGUGGACAACGGGACCCAACUCUUCAGUCACGGUUUUUGAAGCCGAACCCCCUCCGGAUGUCCCACCUCGCGUUCUAACCCUGCCGCGGCCUAGCACUCCACAUGCUCACUCACCCAGCCCUGGAGAAGCCACGUCGCCCCUUCCACCUAGAUCUAUCUCCAGUAUAACUACCAAUCUCUCCGAGCUCGAGGAAGCUGAACGCCGAGUUGAUGCUGAGCUCCACGAAGUACAGCGCAUCCGAGAGCUUUUGCAAGAAAGGACUACGCUCCAUACUAGGAUCCAAGAGGCGAGGCAUGAGAGAGUCUGCAGCCGCUGCCGGACAAGCUCACGAAGAUUCUAGGGACAGCAACGAAGGGAUUGGUGGUGCGACCGGCGCUUAAGAUAUUUCGUCCAAAGUCGUCCGGUGGUGCGAGG